UUCAUACCAUAAUUCAAUUCAAUCCCACAGUGAAUGCCCACAGAUUUCGAGCAGGUGGACGGUGAGAAACCAGUUUUUCCCUCUCAAGCUUUUCACAAUGGCUUCAAUGGCGUCUUCCAGCCCUUAUUGUUUCUGCAAUCGUUACAGAAAUGUUCGUUCACGCUCCGUUUCCACUUCCACCUUCCCCCGUAUCCUCCUCUGUCACAAGCCGGAAAACCGCGACAAAUCGGCUGAAAACAUCAAUCGAAGGGAAAUAGUUUUGCGGAGCAGUGAGUUAGCUAUCAUUGGAGCGAUUUUUAACUUGAGUGGGAAAAAGCCUGAAUAUCUUGGUGUGCAGAAAGGCCAACCAAGUUUGGCCCUGUGUCCAGCAACUAGAAACUGCAUCUCUACUGCAGAAAAUGUCAGCGAUCUCACCCAUUAUGCUCCACCAUGGUGCUACAAUCCAGAAGAAGGAAGAGGCAAGAAAAACCCUGUUAGCAGAGAAGUGGCAAUGCAGGAACUGAUCCAAGUGAUAAAAUCAACGAAACCCGAUAAGUUUACGCCGAAGAUCGUAGAGCAGAAAGAUGACUAUUUAUUAGUGGAAUACGAAACUCCCAUAAUAGGGUUUGUGGACGACGUCGAGUUUUGGUUUCCACCAGGCAAAAAGUCGAUAGUAGAAUACCGAUCAGCAUCCCGAAUCGGGAACUUCGAUUUCGAUAUCAACAGAAAGAGGAUCAAGGCUUUGAGAUUGGAAUUGGAGAAGAAAGGAUGGGCUACAGUAGACAGUUUUUAAGGAAAAUUUUAUAUUUCUUGAGGAAAUGUUGAAUGGAGGAUGGUGCUCUUUAUGCAAUCCCUCCAUCUCAACUUGUUUAUAUAAUGGGCCCAAAAAAUUGGCUCCCACAAGCUCGUAUUACAUAUGUGCGCCCUUUGAUCUCCCUCUUGGAGGAAUUUAGCUAGACUGUGUAUUGAGAAUCGAGGAGAUAAUGUAUUGAGAAUCGAGGAGAUAAAGAUAUCUAGAUAGAAUCUGUAUUGAGAAUCGAGGAGAUAAAGAUAUCUAGAUAGAAUCUGGAUUGAGAAGAAUCGAGGAGAUAAAGAUAUCUAGAUAGAAUCUAUGGAUAUACUUGAGAAAAUUAAUCUCCAUGAUGAAUUGGAGCACAACUCAGUGGAUAAGAUAUCUAUGGAUAUACUUGAGAAAAUUUAUCUCUAUGAUGAAUUCGAGCAUAACUCAAUGAAUAAAAUAUUUAGAUAGAAUCUAUGAAUAUCUUGUCUAUCGUUUUAUGGUUGAGAAAAUUAAUCUCGAUGAUGAAUUGGAGCACAACUCAGUGGAUAAGAUAUCUAUGGAUAUACUUGAGAAAAUUUAUCUCUAUGAUGAAUUCGAGCAUAACUCAAUGAAUAAAAUAUUUAGAUAGAAUCUAUGAAUAUCUUGUCUCCUGUUUUAUAGUUGAGAAGUAAUCUCGAUGAAGAAUUCAAGCACAAUUCAGUGAAUAAGAUAUCUAGAUAAAAUUUA